AUGACAGACAGCAUCAUCAACCUCCAUUCCACCCGAGAGAGCAUGGCAUCCCCCGCGGAGCCCUUCACGCCCGCCAUGCGCGACCGCCAAGCCCGGGGCAAGAACCCGUACAAGCUCACCAGCAGGACGGAGAGCUUCCAGGACCGCGAGCGGCGGGACUUUGCGCUGUCGGUGCUGGACAGCCCGGAGCAGCUGAUGAUGUAUGCGCUCAGCGCGGGCGAUAGCGUGCCGGGGCAGCGGGUGCGGUUUAUGAGGAUGCUGUGCGGGUUUGAGGGGUGA